AUGCCUCGCCAAUUCUUCGUCGGUGGUAACUUCAAGAUGAACGGUAAUGCUGAGAGCACUACCUCCAUCAUUAAGAACCUCAACACUGCCUCUCUGGAUUCAUCCGCCGAGGUCGUUAUCUCCCCUCCCGCUCUCUACCUCCUCCUCGCCCGCGAGAUUGCCGACCAGAAGAUCGGUGUCUCUGCUCAGAACGUCUUCGACAAGCCCAACGGUGCUUUCACCGGUGAGAUCAGUGUUCAGCAGCUCCGUGAGGCCAACAUCAACUGGACCAUCCUCGGACACAGCGAGCGUCGCGUUAUCCUCAAGGAGAGCGAUGAGUUCAUUGCCCGUAAGACCAAGGCUGCCAUUGACGGUGGUCUCAGCGUGAUCUUCUGCAUUGGUGAGACGCUCGAGGAGCGUGAGGCCAACAAGACCAUUGAGGUCGUCACCCGUCAGCUUAACGCCGCCGCCAAGGAGCUUUCCCAAGAGCAGUGGAAGAAGGUCGUCAUUGCGUACGAGCCUGUCUGGGCCAUUGGAACUGGCAAGGUUGCUACCACCCAGCAAGCCCAGGACGUUCACGCUGCCAUCCGCAAGUGGCUCAGCGACGCCAUCUCCGCCGAGGCUGCCGAGAACACCCGUAUCAUCUACGGUGGCUCGGUGAGUGAGAAGAACUGCCAGGAGCUCUCCAAGGAGGCCGAUGUCGACGGAUUCCUGGUCGGUGGUGCCAGUCUUAAGCCUGCCUUCGUUGACAUUGUCAAUGCUCGUCUGUAA